GGCUUCCUGGGGCCGUGCAGCCGGGGAGGAGGCGGCUGGGCCGGGUCGCUUUCCCAAAACCUGGGGUGCUAGCCGGGUCCCGGGUAUCAGGAUCCUGGUGGGUUGGGGUUGCAAUCCGGGCGAGCUAUGGUGGUGCUGAACGGGGGAGACCCUGGAGGUGCAAGAGGAGGAGGCCACGAGGAGCAACCGGGAGCCCCCCUAAAACAGCCCUAUGGGAGGAUCGAGGAUUGCCUGCCACCGCUGGCCAGCCCCACUGCCAAGAGGUUUUCCCCGGCGAAGAGAAAGCAGUACUACAUCAACCAAGCCAUACGCAACUCGGAUCUCAUCCCCCGGGCCAAAGGGCGGAAGAGCCUGCAGCGCCUCGAGAACACACGUUAUCUGAUGACUCUCCUGGAACAAGACGAACGCACAGGUGAAGACGGGGAAAUCACGCACCCGGCCUCUCCGAGCAUCUUCACCGAAGCCUGCAGCAACGAGACGUACGUCAAGAUUUGGAACGACUUCAUGAACCGCUCCGGCGAGGAACAAGAGAGGGUCCUCUUGUACCUGGAAGAGGAGGCGGCGAGGAAACAGAAGAACAAGCUGGCAGAAAAACUGGAUGGCAAGUGGAAAGAACAUUCCGGUUACACCCCGCAGGAGUGUUUCCAGCGCAUCAGCCGGCGCUUGAGGACGACGCUCAAGCGGAGCCGUAUCCCGAUGGGGACCCUGGAGUGCCUCGAGGAUGAGCUCCUGGCCUUUUUCUCCAACAGCCCUCGAUCCGUCUACACGGCGAUGAUGGACAACAGCUUCGAAAGGCUGCUCCUUCACGCCGUCUGCCAGUACAUGGACCUCGCUUCUGCCAGUUCUGACUACGAAGGAAAACGCCAGAUGAAAGUUAGCAACAAGCACACCAUCUUCCUGCCUCCGGACCCACUUCUCUCGACUUACCUGGAGCAAAUGAGCUGAUGGCGGUUCCGGGUCGUCUUCGGGGGGUCGUCCGUCCCGUUCCCCCCCCCUCGAAAUUUC